GUGUAUUUUACCUACCCGUCUCCCGCUCUUAACCAAAAUCUCUCUUUGUAGCUGCAAACUUUUCCACCUUCUUCUUCUUCGUCUGCUAAACCCUAAAAAAGACCACUACCACAAUUCAACCCUGCCUCCUCGUACACUCGUGUGAAUCUCCAAACAUUUUUCCUGUCGCCUCGGGAUUCUCCAACACCUUCUUUUGUCCGCUAAUUCAACCUCAUACGCGCCCGCACACGAUUUUCUUGUGGUGUGUAAGAUUUAAGGGUUUGUUUUGAGCUUUUGUUUUGAAUGGACCCAAAUUGCUGAUUCUUGUUUAUAGAGGGAAAAAGUGGCAAUGGAGAGCUCUGCUGCUAUGGAGGGUGGUGACAGGAUUUACGAUAAUGGUAAAGACGAUGCGAGUGUGGGCGAUCACUUUGACAUACUUAAGGAUAUGGACUCCUUUCUGGAGGACCUCGAUGAGCGGUUGACUAUAUCUAGGAUGGUGAGUGACUCUGUCAUUAAGGGCAUGGUUAAUGCUGUUGAGGACCAGGCGGCUGAGAAAAUUGCUCAGAAAGAAUUGGAGGUGGUUGGGCUAAAGAAAAUGCUAGACAGGUUUCGUUUGGGUUCAGAUGAAACUAAGACAUUCUGGUCUUUGGUACAUCGUCAUGAACCUGAUGAAGCUGCUAUGCAUCAGUUUCCAGAUAGUGUUGUAGGGCAUGACAGAUGUAUAAUGUCUGUAGAUAGUCUUCAAAUUGCAGUACAUGAGCAGUUAAAUCAGCUCGGGAAGGAAGUAAAUAAAAUUAGGGGGGCUAGUUCCAUCAGAAGAAUUAGUUCAGGUUCUGAUUUGGUGGGUUUAGGUGGUAUUCUGCAGGAGAAUAUGCCGGAAAAAUGGAUUUAUGUCGAUAAAGCUUUUGAAAGCCUUAAAGAUACCCUAGACACUUUCUGCAGAAGGAUGGAGGAUAUGGAUCAGUUAUCAAGGGCAUCGCUUUCUGAAUGGCAGCAGGAGCAGGACUUUCGUUCAGAAAUUGAACGGAUGGUGAUCGGCAAUGGUAUCUGGGGUUUGCAACAGAAGUUUGAACAGAAACUGUUGGACCUCUAUGACUCUGAAAGUAGAAAUUGUUUUAACCAAUAUAAAGAGAUCUCAAGUUUGCGUCAGGAAUUGGAUGCAAUUUUUAAAACACUAUCUGUUUCUGAAACUGGGCACCUUCUUUCUCAUGGAUCCUUGGAGAAUACUGAGGAAUGGUGUCAUAAUAAGAGGGUUGACCAUUUCCACGUGAAGCUUUCAUCAGAACCUUUAUCACCCUCAACUAUUGAAGAAAAUGGCAAACAGGAGGAGUCAAAUAUUAACAAGCCUGAGAAUUUGGAUUCAGCCUCACUAAAGCACAUGUCUAAAGAAGAUUUGGUUACUUAUAUUACUAAAAUGAGAAGAAACCAUGAAUCUCAGGUGCAAGAGAAGACUGAAGAGAAUUUUUGCCUCAGGCGGGAACUUUUGAAUUUGAAAGAAAGAGGUUCUUCUUUUCCAUUGAAGAAGGACAAGGAGUUUGAGCUGUUGAAGAAAAAAAUCCCUGAUGCCAUCUCAAAAUUGAAUGAAAUCCUUGAUGAAAAUGAGAAAGUACAUCAAUUCAGUGAAAACAUUGAAUCUCUUAGCAGUUUAAAGGAUAGAUUGGACUUCUUACAAUCGGAGAAUCAUCAACUGAAGGACACACUAUCAGAUAAGAAGAAGGAAUUUAAGAGUCUAUCUUCCCAGCUUUCUGCUUCUGUGGAAAAAUUGUCACAGCAACAACUGACACAGAAAAAUUUGUUACAAACCAUUCAGAAGCUUAAGGAUGAUAUAGAGGAUGCACAUACUCAAGUUUCAAUAAUUCAGGAUGUAUAUAAAUGUUUCUUUGAAGAUAUUGUGAGUGAGUUUAGAUGCAGCACUGAAGAAUUACAUAUGGAGAAUAGUUUCAUGCAAGAAAUAUAUGAAGUAAUAUUCAAAGAAGCUUCCCACAGUGCUCAAGCUUCUAGUGGGUUGGGAAUUGAGGAAGCUGAAAUGGAGUCAACUAUUUUGCAAGGGCAAUUAGAUAUUAAUCAUAUUAUAUUUAAAGAAACAUUGGUGAAUGCAGGUGAAGCAUUAAAAUUGGAAAGUGCUGAGAAAGAGAAACUAAAAUAUGAAAUGCUUAUGAUGAAAUCAGUAGUGGAGGAAAAGGAAAAGUUAAUCCAAGGAAUAGUAGAUGCUUUGGUUCUAGAAAAACAAAAAACGGAGUCUGCCUCUGAACAGCGUAACAGUUUAAGAGCUGAGAUAGUUCAGCAACAUAAAUUAAUUGCUGAGAAAAGUAAAGAAUUGGAUGUCACUAAGGGUAACCUGGUGGCAGCUUUGAAGGAAAUUGAACAAGACAAGGAGCAAGUGCAAGAGCUACGUCAAAAUCUUGAACAAAGAAUGAUCAAGCUUAAAGAAACUGAUGAAGAAAAAAGAGUGCUUUGUGCUCUUACACAAAAGCAACAAGAAGCACUAAAACUGAUUGAGGCAAAAGAAAGGGAAAGCAGGAAGCAAAUGGAAUCAACCAUUAAUCUCAUCCAUAAAUUGUUGGCAAUGAUUACUGAUUUUGAAGCUAGAGUAAAUAAAGAUAUUUCAAGAAAUUGUUUGAGGCUUGAAAACAUGAGAUCUGAGUUCCAUUGGAUCAAGAACAAAGCCAAUGUACUUAAAACCAUGGGUAUGGUGUACAAGCAAAAGCUAGAAACAAAAUCCUCUGAUCUCUCAAAGGCUGAAGCAGAGGUUGAUCUUUUGGGGGAUGAGGUAGAUACUCUUCUUAGCCUCCUUGAAAAAAUAUACAUUGCGCUUGAUCAUUAUUCACCUAUACUGCAGCAUUACCCUGGGAUUAUUGAGAUUCUGGAGCUUGUAAGAAGAGAACUGACUGGAGAUUCUAGAAAACAUGUUUAGUUGUAUGUUCUGGCCAGGUAAAUCAACAGACACCCUGUUGACUCAAUGUAUCUUUCCAUGCUCUGGAUUUGUAAAACCCAGAAGCAGUGAUAAGGAAAUCAUUAUCUGCAAACCCCCCACAUGAUCAUUGAUCAACCACACUGGAUGUGAAGAAUUGCAAGUAAUUUUUCAGGGAGCACCGUCAUAGUGUUAAUUGGUUCGUUUUUUCCUUCUCUCUAUUAGCUUCAUCUAUACAGAGAUCAGAGAUGCUAGAGUUGUGGUAGCUGGAUUUCUUUUUCAAUUUUUUUUUUGGGUUCACCAUGUCUAUAACUGCAGAACAGUGGCUAUGCUAUUUCAUAAAUUAUUUUAGUCCAUGCUGUCCUCUGUUGAAUAACUAUAUUGAGGGGCUAUGUGCAAAUUGAUCCACUUGCUUAAACCUUCUAAUGAAUACAGGUAACAAGUUGUACUGUUGUAUACACAAUAUAGCAGCUGGCUGAUGUGUAGCUGCUUGGUUUUUGUUCUCCUGAAACAUAGUUUGAGGAAAACAGCAACAGAAAAGAAUCAACAACUUGUGCAGUUGCUAACACACCGUUUUUACCAUACAUGAAUGCUUUAUAUCAUACUAGGACACAAAUUUGCCUCCCUUCUUUGUAAUGAAUAGCUUUUCUACAUGGGCUAAUAACAUUUGUACAUGUUAUUUUGUGUAAUGAAUUUCUAGAUGGCUUAUUGAUAGUUUUGCUUUUUAGGCACAAGUGUAUGAUAUUCUUUUGCAUUCAGUGAAUUGUGUUUAACAGGGUU